CACAUACGCACAUCACAUUGUGUGCUCUCACGUUCAUUUCUCUCUUGGUGCAUUGUCUCUACCCACUUCUGGAUUGUAUUUCUGCCCAGGAAAAAAGAAAAAAAAACGGGUUAUUAGUAAAUAGAUAGAUGGAUUGGAGAAAAAGAUUUUGAACUGAGGAGAGGUUCUUGCAAUUUGUCUAUCAUCAUCAACAUCAUCUUCUCUGAUUGUUGUUCCCGAGGAUCAAAGGGACCUCCCGAAACCGCUCGUAUAGAAAAAGAGCCUUUUUUUUUUCUCUCUCUCUCUUCCUUGUGCGGGUUUCAUUUGUUGUCUUUGGCCGUUGCUGGGGGCGGAAGCUUGUUGGGGAGGACUUUGCAGUUCGGCAACCUCACGAUCACUUUGAUUUGGCCCUUCGGAGGUGAUCUGCCUCUGAGGUUUGAGGAUUUUGAAUAUAAUCGGAGUUCAGAGCAUGAUUUGGUGUUGAAGAGAGCGAGAGUUUUAUUUUGGUUUCUUGCUGGAGAUGAAGAGGUCUAGAGACGAUGGUUAUGUGAGCUCUCAACUCAAACGGCCCAUGGUGUCUUCAAGAGCGGAAGCCCCGGGGCAACCCCAGAUGAUUGGCGGAGGUGCUCAGAAACUAACAACUAAUGAUGCUUUACUCUAUCUCAAGGCCGUCAAGGAAAUGUUCCAUGACAAGAGGGAAAAAUAUGAUGACUUUCUGGAAGUCAUGAAAAAUUUCAAGGCACAAAGAAUUGACACUGCUGGUGUCAUAGCAAGAGUGAAGGAACUGUUUAAAGGGCACAAGGAUCUAAUAUUGGGAUUCAACACCUUCCUGCCGAAAGGAUAUGAAAUCACACUUCCACUGGAGGAGGAACAGCCUCCUCAAAAGAAGCCUGUUGAAUUUGAAGAAGCUAUAAAUUUUGUGAACAAAAUUAAGGCUCGGUUUCAGGGCGAUGAUCAUGUUUACAAAUCUUUUCUAGACAUAUUGAAUAUGUACAGAAAGGAAAACAAGUCUAUCACUGAGGUCUAUCAUGAGGUUGCUGCUCUUUUCCAAGACCAUCAAGACCUCCUUGUUGAGUUCACUCACUUUCUUCCAGAUGCUUCAGCAGCAGCUUCUGCUCAUUAUGCUCAAUCUGCUCGGAACUCCUUGCUUCGUGAUAGGGGCUCUGCAAUGGCAGUGCGUCAAAUGCAUGUUGACAAGAGGGAAAGGACCAUGGCCUCACAUGACCGUGAACAUAGUGCUGAUCAUCCUGAUCCAGAUGACAGAGGUUUUAUGAGGACAGAAAACGAGCUAAGGAGGCGUGGCGAGAAGGAAAAAGACCGUAGGGACGAUAGAGACAGGAAAGAGCGGGGACGGGAUGAUAGAGAUUAUGACCAUGAUACUAGUCGGGACUACAGUAUGCAGGAGUUCCCCCACAAACCAAAACAUGGUGGUAGGGGCGAUGAUUUUGGCACUGAACCUCUGCAUCAAGGAGGUGAUGCUGAUGAACAUUUUGGUCUGCGCAGUAUGUCAUCGUCUUGUGAUGAUAAAAGUUCUGUGAAAAGUAUGUAUAGUCAAGAGUUUGCUUUCUGUGAUAAAGUCAAGGAGAAAUUACGGAACCCUGAUGAUUAUCAGGAAUUCUUGAAGUGCCUGCAUAUCUAUAGCAGGGAAAUAAUCACGCGUCAAGAAUUGCAGUCAUUGGUGGGGGAUUUACUGGGAAAAUAUCCUGACCUUAUGGAGGGGUUUAAUGAAUUUUUGGCAAGAUGUGAGAAGAAUGAUGGAUUCCUUGCUGGUGUAAUGAAUAAAAAAUCCUUGUGGAAUGAAGGACAUGCACCAAAAUCAGUGAAGGCAGAAGAUCGGGACAGAGAUAGAGAUCGUGAUCGUGGUCGGGAUGAUGAGGUUAAAGAAAGGGAUCGUGAAUACCGAGAAAGGGACAGAUCUGCUGCCAUUGCCAACAAGGAUGUUUCAGGUUCUAGGAUGUCUAUAUUAUCCUCCAAGGAUAAGUAUAUGUACAAACCUAUAAAUGAGUUGGACCUAUCUAACUGUGAGCGAUGCACUCCAAGUUACCGGCUCCUACCAAAAAAUUACCCAAUACCUGUGGCCAGCCAGAGAACAGAGCUUGGUGGUGAAGUAUUGAAUGAUCAUUGGGUAUCUGUGACAUCUGGAAGUGAAGACUAUUCUUUUAAACACAUGCGGAAAAACCAGUAUGAAGAGAGCUUGUUUCGAUGUGAAGAUGACAGAUUUGAGCUUGAUAUGCUGUUAGAAUCUGUGAAUGUGACAACAAAGCGAGUAGAAGAGCUCUUGGAAAAGAUCAACAAUAAUAUAAUCAAAACAGAAUGUCCAAUCCGAAUUGAGGAGCACUUAACAGCUUUAAAUCUUAGGUGCAUUGAACGCUUAUAUGGUGACCAUGGGCUUGAUGUAAUGGAAGUGUUAAGAAAGAAUGCUCCUCUAGCUUUGCCAGUUAUACUGACCCGCUUGAAGCAGAAACAGGAAGAGUGGGCAAGGUGUCGAGCUGAUUUUAAUAAAGUCUGGGCUGAAAUAUAUGCCAAGAAUUAUCACAAAUCUCUUGAUCAUCGGAGCUUCUACUUUAAGCAACAAGAUAUGAAAAGCUUGAGCACUAAAGCCUUGUUGGCAGAAAUUAAAGAAAUUAGUGAGAAGAAACGUAGAGAAGACGAUGUUCUUCUCGCCAUUGCUGCUGGAAAUAGACGGCCCAUUCUUCCAAAUUUGGAAUAUGAGUUUUCGGAUCCAGAUAUUCAUGAAGAUCUGUAUCAGCUCAUAAAAUAUUCAUGUGGAGAAGUUUGUACGACUGAGCAGUUGGAUAAAGUUAUGAAGAUUUGGACAACAUUUAUAGAGCCCAUGCUUGGUGUUCCUCCUCGACCUGAAGGUGCUGAGGACACAGAAGAUGUUGUCAAGGCAAAGAACAAUUCCGUCAAAAGUGGUGCUGCAAGUGUUGCCGAGAGUAAUGGUAGUCCAGGUAGUGGUGCUACCAUAAUGAAUUCUAAACAAUUAAGUGCUUCUAGAAAUGACGAGGAGAAUAUUCCAUUAGAACAGUCAAACUCUUGCAAAGCAUGGCAAAUGAAUGGAGAUGGUGGGGUUAAAGAUGAUAACUGUGUUGACACAGACCAUACAACUAGGAAGACUGAAACUUUGGGAAGCAGCACGCAGCUUUGUAAAAUGCAAGCUAGUGCAUCCGUGCCUGAUGGAGGAUCAGGAGUCAAUAAGCAAGAGCAUCCUAAUGAUCGGUUAGUGAAUGCAAAUGCCUCAUUUGCCACCGGAAUGGAUCACAGUAAUGGAAGAACAUGCAUUGAUAAUGCAUCAGGGCUUACUCAAUCUAGACCUGCUGUUGAGGGAGGACUUAAUUUACCUUCAUCGGAGGGUGGUGAUUCUACUAGACUAGGAGCAUCUAUGAAUGGGACCAUCACUGAAGGCCCCAAAGUUCAAAGAUACCAAGAAGAACCAGUUGGACAGUUGAAGGGUGAAAGAGAAGAGGGUGAAUUAUCUCCAAAUGGAGAUUUUGAGGAGGAUAACUUUGCAGUUUACAGGGAUUCUGGUUUGGAGGCAAUGAGUAAAGGCAAGGAUGGUGGUAUGAUUCAACAAUACCAAAAUAGACAUGGAGAAGAAGUUUGCGGUGUAGCUGGAGGAGAAAAUGAUGCUGAUGCUGAUGAUGAAGGUGAAGAAAGUCAUCAAAGGUCAUUGGAGGACAGUGAAAAUGCUUCUGAAAAUGGGGAUGUUUCUGGUAGUGAGUCUGCUGAUGGCGAGUGUUCUCGAGAAGAACAUGAAGAUGGUGAACACAAGGUUGAGAGUGAAGGUGAAGCAGAAGGAAUGGCCGAUGCCAAUGAUGUUGAUGGCGAUGGAUCUCUAUUGCCAUUUUCAGAACGCUUUCUCCUAACUGUGAAGCCUCUGGCAAAGUACGUUCCUGCAGCUUUGCAUGAGAAAGAAGAGAAUUCUCAGAUUUUUUAUGGAAAUGACUCCUUUUAUGUGCUUUUCAGACUCCACCAGACAUUAUAUGAGAGGAUACAAUCAGCAAAGAUAAACUCUUCAUCUGCUGAAAGAAGGUGGAAGGCUUCAAAUGAAACAAAUUCCACUGAUCAGUAUGGCAGGUUCAUGAAUGCCCUUUACAGUUUACUGGAUGGUUCUUCUGACAAUACAAAAUUUGAGGAUGACUGCAGAGCUGUUAUUGGAACUCAAUCUUAUGUCUUAUUCACCUUAGACAAGUUGAUAUAUAAACUUGUUAAACAGCUUCAAGCUGUGGCAACUGAUGAGAUGGAUAACAAGCUUCUCCAACUUUAUACAUAUGAGAAAUCAAGAAAACCAGGAAGAUUUGUGGACAGAGUUUAUCAUGAAAAUGCCCGUGUGCUUCUUCAUGAUGAGAACAUAUAUCGAAUUGAAUGUUCAUCUACACCAUCCCGAUUAUCCAUUCAACUGAUGGACUAUGGACAUGAUAAGCCUGAAUUGACUGCCGUGUCCAUGGACCCAAAUUUUUCAGCCUAUCUGCAUAGUGACUUCCUCUCUGUUGUUCCUGACAAAAAGGAAAAGUCUGGGAUUUUCCUGAAGAGGAAUAAACGCAGAUAUGCAUGUAGUGAUGAAUAUUCAAGCCAGGCCUUGGAAGGACUACGAGUUAGUAAUGGUCUGGAGUGUAAAAUAGCUUGCAGUUCAUCGAAGGUUUCAUAUGUUUUAGAUACCGAAGACUUUUUGUUCCGGAUGAGAAGGAAAAGGAAAACUUUGCAUCAAAACGGUUUAUGCCAUGAACAGGCAAAGUCCUCAAACAUUUGUUCAAGCAGAGCACAGCGGUUCCGCAGAUUGUUUCCUGUUACAUGAUAUUUUCCAUUUUGAGCUGAACAAGUAGUUUUGAAGUAGAGCAUCAUUUGCAGAGGUGAGGAAAGAGAAGGAUACCGCACUGAAGCAGUUGAGAAAGGAAAGGGUGGUUUUUUUUUUUUUUUUUGCCUUUUUAACUUGAAAUUAUUCUUGUAUUUUCACAUUUCUAUACCAGCAGCCAAAUAAAAGGGAGAUGUAGCAUACUGUAACUUGGUGGCUGCUUAGUCACAUGUAAAUAGAAGUAAUUUGUGAUGUAACUAAAAGGAAAAAUUUUCGUUCCAUUAAUCCAUCCAUAUUUUUCUCAUGUUUAAA